AUUUCUCUGUUCACAAUGAGGCAAUGGUCGUAAUAAUCAAUUGAUGCAUCAAAUGUCUACUAAGACUGAUUUCUUCAAGUCGUUUUGUAUCACAUCCAAGUAAUUUGACGUCAAGGGCUGCGUUUGAAGCUCUCCAGAUAUAGCGCGCCCGACUCCUCCUACCAACUUAUCUUCCAAGAAAGUUCACAUAUCUUGAGCUGGUGGCAUAUCUGGGCCAGAUCCGAAUAUAGCCCAGCCCCGUGUCUAAAUUAAGUGUCCAGUAUGAACAGUGAGUGCUUCGGACUGGCCGAGAGGCUGGUGGACAGGACGUAUGUCCAGCAGGCGCACCAGGCCAAGCAGUCGCUGACCAAUCAGAUCAGGACCUUACUGGAACAUAGGAAGUGGCCGGAGGAGGGUUGGGACGAGGCGACCGUCGAGCUGGUGUUGCGUGAGCUGGCCCUGAUGGACAGUAACAACUUCCCCGGGAACUGUGGGGUGGGGGAGCGCGAGGCACGCGUGGCGUCUGGCCUGGUGGACAGGAGGCACUUCAGACUUGGUCAUGGUAUUGGCAGAUCAGGGGACAUCUCUGCCAUCCAGCCCAAGGCGGCUGGUUCCAGCCUACUCAACAGGCUGGCCAACAUAUUUGCUCUGGACGUCAUCAAACUGGCAGGGGUGAGGGCAGCAGCUGCAUGUGUGCUGGUUCCCAUGGCAACAGGGAUGGGCAUCGUCCUGUGUCUGCUGACUCUCCGACACCAGCGUCCGCAGGCCAAGUAUGUCCUCUGGCCACGGAUUGACCAGAAGUCCUGCUUUAAGGCCAUCAAAACUGCAGGUUUUGAGGCUGUUGUGAUAGAGAACAGGCUGGAGGGUGAUGAGCUGAGGACAGACCUGGCAGCUGUGGAGGACAAACUGCAGGAGUUAGGGGCAGAAAAUGUUCUCUGUGUAUACUCAACAACCAGCUGCUUUGCACCAAGGGUACCCGACAGAUUAGAGGAGCUUGCUGAGUUGUGUAAGAAGUAUGACGUACCUCAUGUGAUCAACAAUGCCUACGGUGUCCAGUCAUCCAAGUGUAUGCACCUUAUACAACAGGCCUGCAGGGUUGGGAGAGUUGAUGCUUUCAUCCAAAGCACUGAUAAGAACUUCAUGGUGCCGGUGGGCGGGUCCAUCAUAGCCGGACCUGACGAGAGAUUCAUCGCAGAGGUCAGCAAAAUGUACCCAGGACGGGCCUCUGCCUCUCCAUCCAUAGAUCUGUUCAUCACUCUGAUGUCACUGGGCAGGAGUGGCUACAAGAAGCUCCUGGCUGAGAGAAAGGAAAUGUUUCAGUACUUGUCAGCAGAACUGUCCAGGGUGGCAGAAGAGAAAGGAGAGAGGCUUCUUAAAACACCUCACAACCCAAUCUCCAUGGCCAUGUCGUUGUCAGGCAGUGCAGCAGGGCAUGUUGGGAAGGAUGUGACCCAGCUGGGAGCCAUGCUGUUCACCAGAUGUGUGUCAGGGACAAGAGUUGUAGCGCCUGGUUCAGACAAGGACAUUGCAGGUCACACGUUUAAGAACUUUGGGGCUCACCAUGACAACUACCCCUGUGCCUACCUGACUGCUGCUGCUGCGGUAGGAAUGACAAAAACAGAUGUGGACCUUUUCAUCAAGAGACUGGGCAAGGUCCUGGGGAAGGCUAAAAGUAGGAGUGAUGAGAGAGAAGCUGGUUGUGCUACUGCAGAUGAACAAGAGGACAGUGUUGAGUCACCAGCUGACACAUUGAACUGUUCAAAUGAAAGAUAAAAAGUUCCUAUAUCAUUCUGUACCUGUAAAAGUUGUUAGAGUGCCAUAGAACAUGCAUAUGGUCCACCUUUAGAAAUGCAUUGUUCAUAUUACCAGCUGAGUUUUCAUUCUAAGUAACAAGUUUAAUUGCUUAAUUGGUCCCAUCAAAAAUGACAAAAAAUUUUUAUGAUUUUAAUUGCCUAAAUACAAUUUCUGACUGAUUAUCAAACCAAUUCAUUACUUUUUGUUAUGAUCCU